CCGAGCGAGGCAGCAAGAUGGACGCGGGAUUCUUCCGCGGAACAAGUGCAGAACAGGAUAAUCGGUUCAGCAAUAAACAGAAGAAGCUACUGAAGCAGCUGAAAUUUGCAGAAUGCCUAGAAAAAAAGGUGGACAUGAGCAAAGUAAAUUUGGAGGUUAUAAAGCCUUGGAUAACAAAACGAGUAACGGAAAUCCUUGGGUUUGAAGAUGAUGUUGUGAUUGAGUUUAUAUUCAACCAGCUGGAAGUGAAGGCCUGAACCAAAAUGGAAGUUAUUCCUUGCGUCUGAAGUAUAGCACCAUCACCUUAUUAGGUCACAGCAGAGUGAGUGUCCCAAUGUCGCUCUGACCCAACUCCCUUGAUGAUGCAGUGUGUGUUUGGAGAAUCCAGACUCCAAAAUGAUGCAAAUCAACCUGACUGGGUUUUUGAAUGGAAAAAAUGCUAGAGAAUUUAUGGGAGAACUGUGGCCCCUGCUGUUAAGUGCACAAGAAAACAUCGCUGGAAUCCCUUCUGCUUUCCUAGAACUGAAGAAAGAAGAAAUAAAACAGAGACAGAUUGAACAAGAAAAGUUGGCAUCUAUGAAAAAGCAAGAUGAAGACAAAGAUAAGAGGGAUAAGGAAGAAAAAGAAAGCAGCAGAGAAAAAAGGGAGAGAUCUCGAAGCCCAAGAAGACGCAAAUCCAGAUCUCCUUCCCCUAGAAGACGAUCUUCCCCUGUCAGGAGAGAGAGAAAGCGCAGUCAUUCUCGAUCUCCCCGUCACAGAACCAAGAGCCGGAGUCCUUCCCCUGCUCCAGAAAAGAAGGAAAAAACUCCAGAGCUCCCAGAACCAUCAGUGAAAGUAAAAGAACCUUCAGUACAAGAGGCCACUUCUACUAGUGACAUCCUGAAAGUUCCCAAGCCUGAACCUGUACCAGACCCUAAAGAACCUUCUCCAGAGAAAAAUUCCAAAAAAGAAAAGGAAAAAGAGAAGACCCGACCAAGAUCUCGGUCUCGUACCAAAUCAAGAUCCCGGACACGUUCUCGCUCUCCUUCUCAUACUCGACCUAGGCGGCGCCAUAGAUCUCGAUCAAGAUCAUACUCACCUAGAAGGCGGCCAAGCCCAAGAAGGCGACCAUCUCCUCGAAGAAGAACUCCACCAAGACGAAUGCCUCCUCCACCAAGGCAUAGAAGGAGUAGAUCUCCAGUGAGACGAAGAAGGCGUUCAUCAGCAUCCCUGUCUGGGAGUAGCUCAUCAUCCUCUUCAUCUCGUUCCCGGUCACCGCCAAAGAAGCCUCCUAAGAGGACAUCCAGCCCCCCUCGAAAAACUCGUAGGUUAUCUCCUUCAGCAAGUCCUCCGAGGCGAAGGCAUAGGCCAUCACCUCCAGCAACUCCACCGCCAAAAGCUCGUCAUUCCCCAACACCCCAGCAGUCAAACCGUACAAGAAAAAGUCGCGUUUCUGUCUCUCCAGGGAGAACUUCAGGUAAAGUGACAAAACAUAAAGGUACUGAGAAAAGAGAGUCUCCUUCACCAGCACCCAAGCCUAGAAAAGUGGAGUUAUCUGAAUCAGAAGAAGAUAAAGGUGGCAAAAUGGCUGCAGCAGAUUCUGUGCAGCAGAGACGCCAGUACAGACGACAGAACCAGCAGUCUUCAUCUGAUUCUGGCUCCUCCUCUUCCUCAGAAGAUGAGCGACCCAAGAGGUCCCAUGUGAAGAACGGUGAGGUAGGCAGGCGGCGGAGACAUUCCCCUUCCCGGAGUGCCUCUCCAUCACCUCGAAAGCGCCAGAAAGAGACCUCCCCUCGUGGUAGACGGAGGAGAAGUCCCUCCCCAGCACCCGCCAGAAGACGACGUUCUCCUUCUCCUGCUCCUCCUCCUCGACGGCGCAGGUCUCCCACACCACCACCGCGACGAAGGACUCCUUCUCCUCCCCCACGUCGGCGCUCACCUUCCCCAAGAAGAUACUCUCCUCCAAUACAGAGGAGAUACUCCCCUUCUCCACCUCCAAAGAGAAGAACGGCUUCUCCUCCUCCCCCUCCUAAACGAAGGGCAUCACCAUCUCCACCACCAAAGCGUCGAGUCUCCCAUUCUCCACCUCCCAAACAAAGAAGCUCCCCAGUCACCAAGAGACGUUCGCCUUCAUUGUCAUCAAAGCAUAGGAAAGGGUCUUCCCCAAGCCGGUCUACCAGGGAGGCCCGGUCACCACAACCAAACAAACGGCAUUCGCCCUCACCACGGCCUCGAGCUCCUCAGACCUCAAGUCCUCCACCUGUUCGAAGAGGAGCAUCAUCAUCACCCCAAAGAAGGCAGUCCCCAUCUCCAAGUACAAGGCCAAUUAGGAGAGUCUCCAGGACUCCGGAACCCAAAAAGACAAAAAAGGCUGCCUCUCCAAGCCCUCAGUCUGUAAGGAGGGUCUCAUCCUCCCGAUCUGUCUCAGGAUCUCCUGAGCUAGCAACUAAAAAGCCCCCAGCACCUCCAUCCCCUGUCCAGUCUCAGUCACCCUCUACCAACUGGUCACCAGCGGUACCGGUCAAAAAGGCUAAAAGCCCAACACCAAGCCCGUCACCGGCAAGGAAUUCGGACCAAGAAGGAGGUGGAAAGAAGAAGAAGAAAAAAAAGGACAAGAAACACAAAAAGGAUAAGAAGCACAAGAAGCACAAAAAACACAAGAAGGAAAAGGCUGUGGCUGCGGCUGCUGCAGCCGCUGUAACCCCUGCAGCCAUUGCUGCCCCCACCACCACUUCAGCACAGGAAGAACCGGAGGCAGAGCCCGAGCCUCAGAAGGAGACUGAAAGCGAAGCCGAAGAUAACCUUGAUGACUUAGAAAAGCACCUGCGUGAAAAGGCCCUGAGGUCAAUGCGGAAGGCUCAAGUGUCCCCACAGUCUUAGGUGGAAAUGUUUGUUAUGAUGUAAAUUUUAUUUGGUUUGUACGCAAUUCAAUUUCAAAAUUGCUAAAAUGUGUUUGAGCUUUAGACUAUAACAUUUGUUGUAAUAAUUGCUAGGUUGAAGUUCACCAUGUAAAAAAAGGGCAUGGAUUUACAUUGCAAAAGAUGUCCACAGUGUGUUAGUGACAUUCUUUCAUUGAGAGCUGACAUAAAUUCAUUUAGAGUGAAAUAUUUUAAGCCAAAAAAA